CUAAAACUAGUGUGAAAAAUGUUACUUUAACUGUUUUUAUUUUCCAAAUUCUCUUACAAAAAAAAUAAUUGAUGGUGGCCCCUUAACUUUUUUCAACUAAGUCUAGGUUCUCUUCCCCAACACUUCGCUCAACCCUCCCCCUCUUUUGUCUGUAUCAUUAAAACCACCCCUAUAAUAACUUCCAUAAUACCUUCAUAAUUCCUUCAACCUCCAUUAAUACCCACCUUCAUGUGCUCCAAUUACACUCAUAUAAUCUAACAAACCCAACAUAUACUUCAAUUUAGAAUCAAGAUCUUUUCCAAUUUUGAUUGUGAAUUUUCUAAAAAUUUUAAUGGAAACGGAAAACAUUCAGACAACGCCCACUGGGUUCACUUAUUUGGGCAUGAAUUUCAGUGACCUUUCCAUCAAUGAUAAUUCUUCAUCUGCGUUUAGCGAUUGUAAUAGCGAUAGGUCUGGAGAAUUCUCUUGCGCAUCAUCGGAAAAUCGCCGGAAAUUAUGGUUAUCUUGCACUGGAACCGGCGAUGAUUUUUCUGAAGAUUUUAUUCAACAAUUGGUAAGGGGAUUAGAGUCAUCCUCAAUCGAUGAACAAAAACAAGCCGCCAUGGAAAUCCGGCUUUUAGCGAAAAACAAGCCGGAAAAUCGCGUUAAAAUCGCUCAAGCCGGCGCAAUAAAGCCGUUAAUAUCACUCAUAAAUUCCUCAGAUCUUCAGCUUCAAGAAUAUGGCGUUACAGCAAUCUUAAACCUCUCUCUCUGUGAUGAAAACAAGGAUCAUAUUACAUCAACCGGCGCAAUCAAACCCUUAGUUCGAGCCCUAAGAACAGGAACAUCAACAGCAAAGGAGAAUUCCGCUUGUGCGCUUCUAAGAUUAUCACAACUAGAUGAAAAUAAAUCAUUAAUCGGACGAUCAGGAGCGAUUCCGGCAUUAGUAGAUCUGUUGGAAAACGGAGGGUUAAGAGGGAAGAAAGAUGCAUCAACUGCACUGUAUACUUUGUGUUCUUUGAAAGAGAACAAAAUGAGAGCAAUUGGAGCAGGAAUCAUGAAACCUUUGAUUGAAUUAAUGGCGGAUUUUGGUGCGAAUAUGGUGGAUAAAUCUGCGUAUGUAUUGAGUUUAUUGGUAACGUUGCCGGAAGCGAGGCCGGCGUUGGUGGAAGAAGGAGGAAUUCCGGUGUUGGUGGAAUUAGUGGAGGUUGGAUCGCAUCGCCAGAAGGAAAUUGCGGCGGCGAUUUUGUUACAAUUGUGUGAAGAUAGCGGUGUUUAUCGGACUUUGGUGGGGCGUGAAGGGGCGAUUCCGCCGUUGGUGGCUUUGUCUCAGUCCGGUACCAGUCGGGCCAGGAAAAAGGCUGAGACAUUGAUUGAGCUUCUACGGCAACCAAGAUCCGGCUACAUCGCUGCCAAAGACAUUUGAUUCUGUCACUUCUUUCUGUCCCACAUGUCCUCCUUCCUUCCCCAUUAUCAUAUUAUUUCCUCCGUUUUGAAAAUACUUGCAUCUGAUUGUGACAUAUUAUGUAAGAAAAUGUCACUAUCAACUAUAAAUAUAAAGACGGAGAAAAUAGUACUAAUUACUAUUGGGGUUGAGACUAGAGAGGUUGCGUGCGUGUGUGUCUGUGUGCGGUUUUUUUUUUUUUUUUUUUUUUUUUAUAUAUUUCAUAGAUUACGAGUAACGAGUAAUGGUCUUCUUUUAUUAAGAGGGUUUUGGCUUAUGUUGUUUCGGGCCGAGUGAAGUUCAAGGAGCAAAGGGUGUAUGAUGUGUGUAAAUAUAUUUUGAGAUGUAUUUUUUUGUCUUAUUUAUUUUGCUACACUAUUUUUAAUUUAAAAGCUUUGAAAUUAAAUGUAGCAAAAUAAGUAAGAUCAAAAGAGUAUAUCUCAAAUGAAAGAUAAAGAAAGGUGAUUAACAAAGAAAGAAAAGAAGUUAUAUACGUGAAAGGAAAGCAAGAGAUUAGCUGAAGAAGAGAAUGAGAAGAAAAAAAAAGAAAAUUAGUGUAAAUAGUUUUGUUUAGAGGUUUGUAAAGAGAAUGUAUUAAGCAAAUUCUGAGAGAUGAUGAAUAUCUCUCUUUUAUAUAUGUUUUUUUCUUGUAUUUCUUUUGGUGGCAAAUUUAUGAUAUUAGUUUUGUUGCAUCAAAUAAUCAUCUUUUUAUGUGUGCUUUGUUAAAUGAUCCAACACAUCAUAAAAAUUAUG